AUGGGAGCAGAUGAUGAUGAUAUGCAAAGUUCAAUGUCAUCAGGUAGCGGUCAAAGCCAAACAGCUACUUCAAAGAUUCUCGAAAAAAUAGCAGCAGAAGAAAGUGGAAAGAAGAAGACAAGCAAUACUGUUACUUCUACAACUGCUGCUAUGAGUAGUGCUAGUAGUAGCAGUACUUUAAGUCAAACUUGCAGCAGUGAUGAUGAUUAUGAUUAUUACAAUGCUCGAAGGGCAAAGGAACUUUUGUUGGAAAAUUACCGGAAAACUCUUCAGGCACCUGAUUCGAUAAUGGAACCAAAUAUCGAGGCAACUAUCAAAGGAUUUUUAAGAGUUGGUGGUAAACCGGAAAUGAUUAUCACUUCUCUCUCCAAUAGUUACUGUGGCGUCGCUCAGUACUGUGAAUUGCUUGGUGAUUGGUUGUCUGAUCUAGAAGGUGACCGGAAAAUCGUUCAUGAAUGUUUCGAAAAAAGUUUGAGCUCAUUGAUGGAAAAACGUUUCGUGGCAAAAAUUGUCGAUAAAAAUUUUGAAACCGCUGAUGAUGUGGAUAAAUGGUUGCCAGAAUUACUGCAGCAUAGGACAUGGCGCAAUUUAAUUUAUACACUCAUUGAACAAAAUUCUCAAUCGAAAUUUUUAAUGAAAGCAAUUCGAAUAAUAUCAGAGGCUGGCUUUCAACACGAAAUUACGAGUGUUCAUCCAGCUGCUCAACAGCUUGAAAUUUAUUGUCGUAUGGUACUAACUGCAAUUGAUGACUUUUUUGCAACGCAAAGGAAAGGACCAAUGACAGAAGAUUAUGAAAACGCAUUUGCGGAAUUAACUCGAGUGGUUUGCUACAGUGAGCAUACCUACUUGUUCGCGCAAGUUCUUUUGAAUGAAGUUAUCAAAGAGGAAAAGGAAGAAACAGCAGCAGCUUGUGCAUAUUUAGCAUAUAUAUUACGUCGUGAAGCACAUAUACGUAACUAUCAGGAUACGCAUGAUAUUCACUUCUCUAUCGAUGGAGGUUAUAAUGACAUAAAGCAAACUGUAUAUACAAUGCUCAGCAAAAAAUGCUUAAAUCAAGCCGACAUUAUUCGCCUCUAUGAACGGUACAAUUCAUCGAAACCACCACCUAUUGAAUUUAUCCAAGAUCCAUUCUUUAUCGAUAUGCUUAUCGAUAUUUUAUUUGCAUAUGACGAAAAUAAGGUUCAAGCGAAUCAUCGUUCGAAAUACAUCUUUCUAUUGUCUUGUGCUUCUUGUCGUACUUCAGAUAAUGCAAACAACGAAAGAGAAAAUGAAGAAAUAAAGAAAACAACAGAAAUUAUGGAACAAAUUUUGGAUAGUAUAAGAUCGGAAUGCGAAUUUUUAAAAGAUAUUCCAUUGUUACUCAGUGGUAUUGAAUUUCCUUCAAUUGCUGCUGGACUGUUGCAUUAUUUCGAAGGAUUAUUUUUAGACGAUAAAAUACUCUGCGAGUUGGAAGUGGUUCAUUUCGUUUUGUUGGACGAGAUUGCUACCAAACAUUGCAAUCUACAUAUCAGGUCUCCACCAAACAUUGUUAUAUGGUAG